AUGACCGUUCCCCUGCUCCAGGAGGGACUUGGUGGGCAAAUAAAUGUUAAUCCAGGAUGUGCCGUGGAUAUCCCAGCGGUCUUCUACAGUCUAUCGUUUGCCCCAAAUCCCGAUUUUUCGAAGGUUUACCCCCCACAAGCGGAGAUCUUGGAAUACUUCAACAGAGUAGCGGAUAAGUUUGAUGUCUCUCGACAUAUUGUUCGGAAUACAGAAUGGGAAGGGGCUUAUUGGCAGGACCUGACAAACAGCUGGUUAGUUAAGUUGAAAGACUUGUCUACAGGUCAGACCUUCUAUCACGAGUGUAAGAUCUUGAUCUCUGCGGUUGGAGCCUUGGUCAAUCCAAAUCCAUUUGGUGUUCCGGGUGCCGAAGUCUUUGAAGGUGAUAUCGUUCAUACCGCUGCGUGGAAGGCGGACUUAUCUCUUCAUCAGAAAGAUGUGAUUGUCAUUGGCAACGGAUGUUCGGCUGCUCAGCUCAUUCCCGCUAUCUCCCAAGAAGCUCAAAGCAUCACUCAAUUCAUUCGGCGCCGGAUCUUCGACAACAAUAGGUAUAUCAGCUGCCUUCAACAACGCAAUAUUCAUCUUACCGAUGACCCGAUUGUCAAAGUCUCAUCUCAUUCGAUUCUCACCAAGUCUGGCCAAGAAUAUCCUGCAGAUGCAAUUCUUCUUGCCACCGGAUUCGCCCUGACGCAAUACGAUGUCGAGCUGGUAGGGCGAAACGGCCGGACUCGCGAUGAACACUGGGGUAACUUCGGCUACAAGGAGGCAUACAAAUCCACUGCGAUGGCCGGAUUCCCUAAUUUCUUCUAUGUUCUGGGUCCCAACUCUGGCAAAGGCCACACAUCUGCCAUUUACUGCAUUGAGAACUACGUCAAGCUUGUCAUGAAGGUGAUUGCACCGGUUCUUCAAGGUCACGCUUCCUUUGUCGAGGUCAAGCCGGAUAGCGAGAAAGAUUACAACGAGAGUCUGCAUGAGAAAAUCGCCACGACGAUAUUCAAUAGCUCGUGCAGUAGUUAUUUUAUCGACUACAAGUCUCAGAAGAAUUGGUUCAUCUACCCAUGGAACUCAUUUGUCAUGUGGUAUUCUACCCAUUGGAGCAGUUCUGAUGACUGGACAUACGAUAUUGACAUGUGA